AUGCUUACUAGUGCUCCCAGUGGGGAAGGAAUUGGUGUGGGUGCAGAACGUGCAGUAAUUUCGAGGGCGAUCAAAAUUGUCCUUGAUGACCAUUACAUGUGGCAGGUCACCAACAAUGAAGGAUUCAGAUGCCCUUUGAUCAUUCCCUUUGCCUCUGACAGUGGAAGGCUCAAUCGUUUCAAAACACAUGGAACAUUAUGCGCUCUUCAUGUCUUCCGUAUUCAUCUGCCUCCCAUGCCGUGCUCUCCUUUCUUAUUAUGUUAUGCCAUCUGGGGUUUUGACGCCCUCGUUGAUCCUGCCUUUGUUCAGAAACUUGCUCCAGAUACCGCUGCAUCCCUUGCUGCCCUACCUCUUGAUCCAGCGCAGCCUCUGGACUAUUCUCUUACUGGUCCUCUUUCUCCGCUCCUUGCGACUUACUCUAAUAUUCAACCGACACAGCUGCCUGCUAACAUGUCAGUCGAGCAAUGCAUGGAACUUGUUGGGCAAGUCUAUGCCAAUGCGCUCCUUGGUUGCCCUCCUAGUGCUGCACUGGACAUGUUGAAGGAGGUGUUCUACUUUUGUCAAGGAUUUGAUGCCUCCUUUGGUGACAAUGCAUCAUUUUGUGAUACGUUGAAACCUUCAGCAAAGGAUUUGUUGUGUCUACUAUAUGAUCAGCGCAUCACCUCACCUAGCCAAGUCAUAGAACGGCUGGAAUUUGAGGUUGCACUUACACUGAGAAUGCCUUCAUCCUGCGUCUUACUUGUUACCUGCGAGGCAAGGGAUAUCCUGAUCAUCCUUUGA